AACAGUCCAACUUGCUGUGGGCUCUGUUGUUGUGCAGAGCUGCAGAAGGCCUGACGGAGCCGAGCAGACAGGGAAAGAGGCAACGAGGACGUAGAUCUUACACAUGAGACAUUGGACAAGAAGUUUUUGGGGACAAUAUCACUGACAAACAAGAUCCAACCAACCAAGAAGAAGAUAAAAGAGGAGGAAGAGGAAGCUGAAGAGAAAGUGAGAGAGAGAGAGAGAGAGACGCAAGGUGAAGGAGGAGAAAAAGGAAGGAAGGAAGGAAAGGGAGGGAGGAGAGGACGUUAUAGGGCAUGAGGAGCGGCACCUGACUGCUACUACUGUCAGCCAAUCCACACACACAGCCAGUCCGAUAACAACGCAUUUGACUUGAGAUCUUUUCAUCGCAAAGCUGUGUCCUCCAUCCUUUCUUCUCCGCUGAGGACAAGAAGAGGAAGAGGGAGGAGGAGGAAGAGGAGAAGGAGGGGGGUGCCAGUAACCCUCUCCUUCCUCUGCCCAGACACAGCAGCCGAACGGGGAGACAGACGCGAGAAGUCACCUCAGAAGGCACCCCAGGCUCGCCGUUUUGCCGCCGUCCCCUGUGGUCCCCGGGCCAGAGAGCGGCUCCCAGGCACCGCUCAUGUCCGUGAACUCAGAGAAAUCCUCGUCCCCUGAAAGGCCUGAGACGCAGCAGAAAGCCCCGGUGAGCACGCCCCCUCCCCCGCCGCCCCCUCCACCCCCUCCAGAGCCCGUUGGACCUCCUGAACCUGAGGAGGAGAUCCUGGGCUCAGAUGAUGAGGAGCAGGAAGACCCCGCUGACUACUGCAAAGGAGGGUACCAUCUGGUGAAGAUUGGGGAUUUAUUCAACGGGAGGUACCAUGUGAUCAGGAAGCUGGGGUGGGGACACUUCUCCACCGUAUGGCUAUGCUGGGACAUACAAGUGAAGAACUUUGUGGCAAUGAAGGUGGUGAAGAGCGCUCAGCAUUACACAGAGACAGCCCUGGAUGAGAUCAAACUGCUAAGAUGUGUGAGAGAGAGCGACCCCGAAGACCCAAACAAAGACAUGGUUGUUCAGCUGAUCGACGACUUCAAGAUCUCAGGAGUCAACGGCAUUCAUGUGUGUAUGGUGUUUGAGGUACUUGGUCAUCACCUGCUCAAGUGGAUCAUCAAAUCUAACUACCAAGGACUGCCCCUGCCCUGUGUCAAGAGCAUCAUCCGACAGGUGCUGCAGGGUCUGGACUAUCUCCACACAAAGUGUAAAAUCAUCCACACAGACAUCAAACCAGAGAACAUCCUAAUGUGUGUGGAUGACACAUUUGUGCGCAGAAUGGCCAUGGAGGCGACAGAGUGGCAGAAGGCUGGAGCUCCACCUCCGUCUGGGUCAGCAGUUAGCACAGCCCCUCAGCUCAAACCGGUGAGUACGAUUGAUAUGGGUAAAAUUUCCAAGAACAAGAAGAAGAAGCUUAAGAAAAAGCAGAAGCGCCAGGCCGAGCUGCUGGAGAGACGAAUGCUGGAGAUCGAGGCUUUGGAGCGAGAGGCAGAAAAGAAGGAGGAAGAGGAGGAGGAAGAGGAGGAGGGCAAAGAUGGAGAGGAGAAAGGGUCCAGAGAAACCAACCGCGGGACCCCGGAGCAGACCGCACCAGCCCUGGGGCCCAGUAUGGCUCUGGGAGAGAGUGAUGAGGAGGAUGAAGAGGAGGAGGAGGGAGAGGAAGAUGAGGAGGAGGGAGUGGAGAGACCAACCAGGCUCACUAACCACACAUGUGCACAGCCACCAGAGGACGAUAAUGAAACCACUCCUGUCCGCGACAUUGACGAAGACCCUACAGAGGAGGAAGAGGAGGAUGAAUCCACGCCUGUAGCCGAAAAAGACCCUCCAAUCCCCCCUCAGUCUGAAGAGGACAAUGGAGAUGCACCACAGAUCGAAGAAGAGGAGGAGGAGGAGAAGGAAGAGGAAGUACUGAACAACACCGAAGACGAAGAGGAGAAAACUGAUGAGACUAAAGAUGAUGAUACGGAAAAAAGUCUAGGAGAGGAACCAAAGAGUGAGAACAGGACAGAGGAGACAGGAGAUGAGGAGACAAGGGAGCAGGAUGCAGAGGAAGAAGAGGAGGAGGAAGGUGAGGAAGAUGGAGAUGAAGACACAACGGCAGAUCUUCUCACAACCACAGACUUACUGACAGACAAUUCCCCAGUCAAGUACAACAACAACAAAAGUAAUCUGGCUAAGACGAAUGGCCACGUGUUGCUAGGUAAUGAAGGACUCAAAGUUGGUAGUGGGACGCCUCCCCCUCCCUCACCCACCCCCGAGCCUCUACUCUGCCCCCUAGUGGAGUCAGAGCUCAGUUACACAGACAGGGACCAAUCCCUAAGUUCAGGUUAUGAGUUGUACAAUGGAGAGUUGACAGAGACAGCUUUGACUAAUGGUUCAUCCAGUGAGAGACAUAAAGCGACGAUACCCCUGUUCCCCGACCUGCCCCUGGAUCCUGAACCGGGAAACCCUAUAUCUGAGGCAGAUAUCGGAGCAGAGCCGACACCCAAUAGCCCCACAGCCGAUCGCAGCCGCACUGUGUCGUCUUCUAGUACCGGAGAAACACCCAAAGUCAAAGCUCGAGCAGCUGAUCUGCUAAUAAACCCACUAGACCCACGCAAUGCCGAGUCCAUCCGCGUGAAAAUCGCUGAUCUCGGAAAUGCCUGCUGGGUGCACAAGCACUUUACUGAAGACAUCCAGACAAGACAAUACCGGUCAAUUGAAGUACUCAUAGGAGCUGGUUAUAGCACUCCAGCGGAUAUCUGGAGUACUGCCUGCAUGGCAUUUGAACUGGCGACUGGGGAUUACUUGUUUGAACCCCACUCUGGCGAGGACUAUUCACGUGAUGAAGACCACAUCGCUCUGAUCACGGAGCUCCUGGGAAAAGUGCCCCGCAAAGUGGUGGCUGCCGGGAAGUACAGCCGGGAAUUUUUCUCCAAGAAAGGCGAGUUACGGCACAUCACCAAGCUGAAGCCCUGGUCACUGUUCGACGUCCUGGUGGAGAAGUACGGCUGGUCGCAUGAGGACGCUGGACACUUCACCCACUUCCUGUUGCCCAUGUUGGAGAUGGUCCCUGAAAAAAGGGCCUCAGCUGGUGAAUGUCUCAACCACCCCUGGCUCAACUCAUAGCCCCCAAAAAAAACUCCAAAAAUCUUCCCCUUUUCCCUUAAAAAACCCUGUUGUAGACUGUGAAUCAAGACUAUCUAUCUGUGCUUAAAUGUGUAGGCUGCAGCUCUACCCAUCAUACUUUCCCCAAGAGGAAUGUAAAGGUAUGCACCGAAUUGACUCAGAAGUGGGGUCUUCCAAUGGUUAUGACAUGGAUGGUAGUGAAUGCUGCUGUUUACCCACAAUGCAAAGGGAGAAAACUGUUUCAAACCACAUAUAUUUCAGUUGUGCCGUCAAGAUGCCAGCAAGCCACUUCCAGUAGUAAACUCAUCUAUUAAAAGUCAUGGACCUCUCAACUUUACAGUGACAAUAAAAGGAAAUUCAAAUCUUCACUAGAGCUCCAGCUGCCUCAGAAUAUAUAUAAGAAAAAAAAAAUCUGUGUGGGGAAAUUGUAGAGUGCCUGACUGUGUAACAUUUUUCCUCUAUAUCCGAACUAGUAGCCUGAAUCCAAGCUUGAUGUGGAAAUGCACCCACUUCAGAUUAAAGUUUACACCUAAAAAAUCUUUGUAGUCCUGUUAAGCGAUUAUCAAGAAGUCCCAAGCAAGUGAUAUGAAGCCUGGGGACUGGGAACUUGUUACUCUGAUAAAGGUGCAAAAUAAAAAGAAUAUACAAUCAA